AUGGCAACGGCCUUCAGCAGCGACGGGGAGGCCGCGCUGCGGCGGGAGCUGGGCCCGGCGGAGGCGGCGGCAGCAGGAGCAGCACCGCGGGGGACCUCGACGGCUUCUACGAGAUGGGCCGGGCCGCAGCCUUCGUGCGGGACGGUGGGUUCGCAAGGUCGCCCUCCAGUUCCCCGACCAUCUCCUGGCGGACGCGGCGAUGGUGGCGGCCGGGAUGGAGGCGGCGACUGGGGCCGAGAUGUACGUCCUGGGCGACACCACGUACGGCAGCUGCUGUGUGGACGAGGUGGCUGCCGAACACGCGGGUGCCGAGGCAGUGCUGCACUACGGCCGCGGCCUGCCUCAGCCCUGCAGAAAGCUCCCGGUGCUACACAUCUUCGGGCGGCAGCCCCUGGACGUUGGGCGUUGUGCAGAAGCCUUCCGGGAACUCUAUCCUGACCGGCAGAGCCGGGUGGUGGUGCUGAGCGAUGUGGUCUAUGCCCAUGCAAUGGGUGAGCUGGAACAGGAGUUGGGCCUUGAAUACCCCAAUAUAAUUUUCUCCAGUGUGGUGUGCGGGGACCCUCCUGGUCCUGCUCCUCCUGGGGAGGUGCGGCAGUUUGGUCGUCAGUUCCUGGUGGAGGCACCGGGAGGGCUGCAGGACUGCGCCAUGUUCUAUGUGGGAGCUGAGGGCCUGACCCUCACCAGCUUCAUGCUGACCUGGAACUGCUGCCCCUUUAGCUCCUUCGACCCCACCACCGGCUGCAGUCGCCGUGAGACCCUCAACGUUAACCGGGCCCUGAUGCGACGUCUCUACCUGGUGGAGCGGGCCCGGGAUGCCCAGGUGGUGGGCAUCCUGGUGGGCACCCUUGGUGUGACAGGUUACCUGACCGUGCUGCAGCACCUCCGGGAGCUUCUGCGCCGGGCUGGCAAGCGCAGCUACACGCUGGCCGUGGGGAAGCCAAACCCCGCCAAGCUGGCCAACUUCCUGGAGGUGGACAUCUUUGUCCUGGUGGCCUGUGCUCAGAACUCCCUGCUGGACUCCAGUGAUUUCUACCGGCCUGUUGUGACACCCUAUGAGCUGGAGCUGGCCUGUAACCCAGCCCGCACGUGGACAGGGAACUAUUUCACUGACUUCCGAGACCUGCUGCCAGGGGCCUGUGCACAUGUUGAGCUCCCACCAGCCAUCCCUGCAGUGGAGGCCAUUCCUGACAUCUCACUGAUCACAGGGGAGAUGCGUGUCACCCAUCUCUGCGACCUCCCAGACUCCCAGCUACCCCCCAGCACUGCCCUGGCUUGCAGGGACCAGACACGUGCCCUUGCUGAGAUCAGCCCAGCUGCCUCUUUCCUGGAGUCCCGCAGCUGGAGGGGCCUGGAGCAGCAGCUGAGGCAGACACCCAUUUCUAAGGCUGUGCAGGGCCGACGAGGGAUUGCCAUUGCCUAUGAGGAUGAGGGGCAUGAGCAGGAGGGCUGAGGGGACCCAGGCAUUGCCUGCCACUAGCAGUUGGACCUGCAAGGGUCUCAUGAGGAUCUGAGACCACCAGCUGGCCCAGUGCUGGAUGCAGCCUUGGGUCAGCAGUACUUCGGUGGGACAGCAGGAGUUUCAGGUGUGUUCAGGCAUCACCAGGGCUCACCAGGACUCAUGGCCAGGGCAGCCAAAGGGCCAGGAGAGCUACUUGAUCCAGCCCCAGCCACCAAGGGAUUCCCAGUCUGGGGCAGGCUUCGUUCUGCACGGAAAGGUCAAAGCUCUGUACAAGCCAACUUGAGGCUCGUGUGGGCUCUGAGCUGCUAAACUAAAGCUGAACUGAAAUGGACAUGUGAGUGAAUUGUCAUCUAGAAUAGAACAGGC